GCCUUUACGUUGGCUGAACAAGCGCUGUAACCCUCGGAUGCUGCAAAAUCGAUCCCUCUUUGCCGAUAGACCAAUCAACUGUUUGCUUCUUCUACGCGAGGCUAUGCUAUAUAAUUAAUACAUUUGCAUCUAUUUUGCGGAAGCAAAGCACGAUUUGUUUUGGAUAUAUUAUGGGUGAUUUAAGUGUUGAUUUGGAUUGAGAUUUGAUUGAAUUUGGAUAAAAUUAAGCAGCUAUGGAAUCUGCGAGUGUAUAGAACAGUGUAAGUGCAUCCCGGGGUGUAAGGAAGCCCCAUAUUGAAGUAUUUAUUUACAUUGGGAAGACCAGGAAUAUACAUCAAAAUGGCGGAUCUAGAAGCAGUGCUAGCUGACGUGAGCUAUUUAAUGGCGAUGGAGAAGAGCAAAUCUACUCCAGCCGCACGAGCUAGCAAGAAAAUUGUUCUUCCUGAUCCAAGUGUAAGGAGUGUCAUGCACAAACAUCUGAUGAAAAUGGGAGAAGUGACGUUCGAUAAAAUAUUUAAUCAGAAACUUGGUUAUUUACUUUUCAAGCAGUACUGCGAAGAACAAUGUGACGAGCCUGUUCCACAGUUGAAGUUCUAUGAUGAGAUUAUGAAGUUUGAGAAGUUAGAAACAGAUGAAGAGAGAAUAGCAAAGGGGAAAGAGAUCUAUGAUCAAUAUAUCAUGAAAGAACUCCUUUCACAAGCUCAUACCUACUCCAAAGAGGCUGUUGAGCAUGUCCAGGAGGCGUUGACAAUGGCCCAGCGAACUAAAACUCUUGACAAAGAUAUUUUUGAGCCAUAUUUGGAGGAGAUACGGAAUUCAUUAAGAGGUCAUUUAUUUGAAAAAAGUUUGCAGAGUGACAAGUACACACGGUUCUGUCAGUGGAAGAAUUUAGAAUUAAAUAUACAGUUAACAAUGAACGACUUUAGCGUACACAGAAUAAUAGGGCGCGGAGGCUUUGGGGAGGUGUACGGAUGCAGGAAGGCAGACACUGGCAAAAUGUACGCAAUGAAGUGUCUGGAUAAAAAGAGAAUAAAAAUGAAGGGAGGUGAAACAUUAGCAUUAAAUGAACGAAUAAUGCUGUCACUCGUCAGUACAGGGGAUGGCAGCCCUUUCAUCGUGUGUAUGACCUAUGCCUUUCAAACCCCAGAGAAACUGUGCUUUAUAUUGGAUUUAAUGAAUGGCGGCGACCUGCACUACCACCUCUCUCAACAUGGCGUCUUCCUAGAGAAAGAAGUCCGCUUUUACGCUGCUGAGGUGAUACUCGGCCUCGAACAUAUGCACAGUAGAUUUGUCGUUUAUAGAGAUUUAAAACCUGCCAAUAUUUUACUAGAUGAGAAUGGCCAUGUACGAAUAUCUGAUCUAGGUCUAGCCUGUGAUUUUUCAAGAAAAAAGCCCCAUGCCAGCGUUGGUACGCAUGGUUACAUGGCCCCAGAGGUACUACAGAAGGGAACUGCAUACGAUUCAAGCGCCGACUGGUUCUCAUUUGGUUGCAUGCUUUAUAAAUUAUUAAAAGGUCACAGCCCUUUCCGACAGCACAAAACCAAAGACAAACAUGAAAUAGAUCGGAUGACAAUGACGAUGAACGUUGAUCUGCCAGACUCAAUGUCCCCGGAGAUGAAGGACUUGCUGGAAGGCUUGCUGAGACGACAUGUUGAGGAGAGGCUUGGCUGCAUGGGAAGAGGAGCUCAAGAAGUAAAGGAGCACCCCUACUUCAAGUCGAUAGACUGGAACCAGGUGUACCUGCAGAAGUACCCACCCCCUUUAAUCCCGCCACGAGGGGAGGUUAACGCUGCUGAUGCGUUCGACAUUGGAUCUUUUGAUGAGGAGGACACGAAAGGGAUCAAGUUGACUGAGGCAGACCAGGAGCUGUACAAGAACUUUCCAAUGGUCGUCUCAGAACGCUGGCAACAGGAGGUGGCUGAGACAGUUUUUGACGCCAUUAACACAGAGACUGAUAAGAUAGAGCAGAAGAAAAAACAGAAGCCAAGAAUUGAUGAACUGGAAGAUGGUCCAACAGACUGUAUUGUGGAAGGGGAGGUGUUGAAACUCGGGGGUCCAUUCCUGCAGACAUGGCAAAAGAAACAUUUGAAACUUUACCCAAACCGACUCGAGUUCUAUCACAAAAACCGAGAUGGUCAGGUGAUCAGAAGUAAAGGCGUGGAGCUGGUAUCCAUGCUGGACAUCAAGGAGAUAUACCCCAAAUUCCAGAAGAUCAAUAAGACAGACAACUGCAUUGUACUCUUGCUGAAGAAUGAAACGAAACUUGCCAUUACCUCCCCAGAUAAAGUUCUUAUCAAUCAAUGGAAAGAUGAGAUCAUCAAUGGAUUUAACUUGUCGACUCAAAUCAUGGCAAACAUGAACAAAAAGGCAAGCAAAAUGUACGGGGCAGAAAUCAACCUGAGUAAUCCGGAUUUCAGACCUCCACUCGAACAUCGAAAUAGCAACGGCAGUUAGGUGAUUUGAGCUGUAUUUGGUAGAAAGAAAAUAGUGCAAUUAGUGGUGUUUGUAAAGAGAUGAAUAUUAUUUGCAUUUGGAAUAAUUUUUUGAUGAAAUGAACAGAGAGAAAGUGUAUGUUUCAUGUUAUGGAUGGUCUAUGAGCAUUUUAUUUGGGAUUGAUAACAGAUGCAUCUGCUUUUGUGUAUCUUGAGGUUUAAUUGACGGGUUCUUGUUGGAUGAAUAUACAUUUCGGAGCCUGAUCAAAUGCAAAGUGCUGUGAAUUUAAGAUGCAUCUGUUUUGAUUAUUGAAAUAAUAACCAUGUUGACAACUAAACUGAAGUGAUGCUAUGGCAAAAACCUGUUCAUGGCAUAGAGACGCCAACUUAGCUCACUGGUGUUGUUACCGUAGUGGUGUUUUCUCUUCAAAUGUGUCAUGUCUAGCCCAUGUUUUAUGUCUACAGACUACUGUAUCUGUUUACGAUGAUGAGUCAUUGUUUCAUUUCAUUUAGCUAUUGUUAACAUUGUUAGUCUGGAAACAAAUUGUGCAAUUUAGUAAUAACAUGACAAUGUUAUAUAAUUAUAUAAUAUAAUUUGUAAUGUUUUAUGUUAAGAUAUAUAUUAUUCACACGCUGAACUGUCAACUGUUGUUGUCAUUAUUUUAAGAAUUUUUUCAUUAAAAAUUUGCUUCUUUAAAUGUGCUUGAGUAUUGGUUUCUUUAAAGUGACAUACCCCAGUAAUAAGAUGAAUCUGGGUGGAUCUUUUCAUUCUGCAAAGAAAGUUUGAGCUACAGUUGAGGCUUAAUCUAUAUUUUGUGUAAGGUUAGAAUUUAUUGUUGUUGUUGUUUUUUAUUGUGUUUUUAUAAGAAUGUCAGAUUGUUUGUAAAACAAUUAUUGCACUUUGUUUAUCAGAUGCUUAGACACAUUUGAUCAGAAAAAAAUAUAUUAUGACAUAAUUUAGGAUUAAUUUUCAGAAAAUGAACACUUUUGUGUUCAUACAUUAUCCCUUUUUAGCUCACCUGAGCACAACGUGCUCAUGGUGAGCUUUUGUGAUCGCCUUUUGUCCGUCGUCCGUUGUGCAAGGUCGAUAUUUUCCUUGUUCACUAUCUAGAGGCCACAUUUAUUGUUCAAUCUUCAUGAAAUUUGGUCAGAAGAUUGGUCUUAAUGAUAUCUUGGAUGAGUUCGAAAAUGGUUACGUUUGCUUGAAAAACAUGACUGCCAAGGAGCAUUUUUCCUUAUAUGGCUAUAGUAAAAUCUUGUUAACACUCUAGAGACCACAUUUAUUGCCAAAUCUUCAUGAAAUUUGGUAAGAAGAUUAAUCCCAAUAAUAUCUUGGACGAGUUCGAAAAUGCAUAUUUUUCUAGUAUAAUGACAUUUUUGGCUAAGUUUUAAUUUCUUUUGUAAAUUUGUACUUAUUGUUUUGUCACAUUUGUUAUCAGUUUGUAGCAAACUAAUCUAUAAUGGGAACUAUUACUGAUAAGCCAUCUUUGAGAAAUUCCCUGCAGAUAUUGAUCAUUGCAGUGUGUAACUUUUUACCACUCAGCUUUCUUAGCCAGGUAGUGUCUGAUACAGUUCGAAAACCAGUAUGAGUUGCCCUGAACAAAUUGAUAAUGACCACAGACUGACAGAAUCAUGAUUCCUAGGUACUUAAUUACCCUCUCACUGUGCUCUAUGCCAGAUGUUAAUAUCAGUGAUCAGUAAUACAAGCUAGUUGAAGUGUUUGAUAUAUUUUAUUUCACAGAAGGAGUAUUAAAUGCAUGUUUUUAACUAUUAACAAAACAUAUGUAAUUUAAAUGGGAACUUCAUAUCAAAACAAGAUUCCAUAAUAAUUCACUUUAUAUAAUCAUAUUUAAGAUAUGUUUACACAUGUCAAAUGGAUACUUUAUGAAAACAAUAAAGAAAUAAUUUCAAUUAUAAGUUUCUGGAGAUAGAAAUCAGAAUCAGAAUAACCUUCAAAGUCAAGAUUUACCUUUCUUAUUUGCAGAGUUCAUUUAUCAAGAUUUAAUCAUUUUCAGGCUUAAUGUAUUAAAACUAUGUCAGAAAAUUGAAAAUAAAACGGUAAUGAAUGAUACACAAUAUUAAUGAAAUGAAAUAUAAAAUCAAUACAUUUUCAUAUUUAUAAAUUUUUUAGUGUAAAACAGCCUACUGUCGAAUAAUAUGUUUAUAAAAUGAUAUUUAAGUAAACGGCAAUACCUUAAGUUAAUUGAAUUACAACCAAUCAGCGGUGUCAUCCUGACCGGAUAUAAGCGUUUGUCGAAUGAAUAUUUCCGCAUUACAUAAGUGCUCACAAAGUAACAAAACCCGUAACCAUCCCGUGACCGGUUCACUUGCGUAAGCAAACGAGACCGCAAUACCACACCUGGAUACGACAGUAGAGUUGGAAAAUGGUUUGGAUCGGUUAAAAAACAUAGCCGCCAGGGGGGUCUUUUUCCUUAUAUUUAUAUAGUAAAAAAGCUUGUGAACACUCUAGAAGUCACAUUUUUUGCCUAAUCAUCAUGAAGUUUUGUCAAAACAUUAGCUAUGUGGAUGUCUCGGACGAGUUUGAAAAUGGUCGUGAUAAGUGGAAAAACAUGGGCAACAGGUGGUGGGGCAGUUUUUCGUUAUAUGUAUAAAGUGAAAACAUGUGUACAGUCUAGAAGACACAUUAUCUUCAUGAAAUUUGGACAUAUCUUGGAAGAGUUCAAAAAUGGUUUAGGUCUGUUAAAAAAAAUGGCCGCCAGGGGGCCAUUUGUUGUUCAUUCUUCAUGAAACUUGGUUAGAACAUUAUUGUGUUUCAUUGAUAUCUUGGGCUGCAAAGAACAGGUCAUUUCUUUUUAUCUCAGGUGAGCGACUUUGGGCCUUUUAGGCCCUCUUGUUUGAUUUAAUAACCAAACUAAAUGGAAACAGGAUGAUACUCUUGGAAUCCUAGACAUAAAAGUUUGUAUGUUGGCCUUUGACCCUCGCUCAUCUGGUUAAAUGCAUUUGCAUAAGGUAUGGUCCCUCAUUAGCCUGUGCUUGUCGACAGAGUGGAAUCAGGGAGGAUACUUUCCACUUUAAUUUAAUUCUGUGUUCAAAGAAAGUCUCUUCUAAGCCUAAAAACCAGUCUCAUGCCUUUCAGUCUCAAAACCAAAGGUGCAAUGUUCCAAACAAAUUGAUUAGGUGAGAUAUUUAAACGCUAAUUGUUAUUUUCUUUUGAAUCCUACAAGAAACUAGGCAGGUAACACUACAUUCAACUCAAGUUUGUAUGUAAAAAUAAAAUUACAUUUAUGCUGUGGUGAAAUAUUACUUUGAAUAAAAAAUUGUGUUAAAUGUUAAGUAACCGUUUUUGCAUUUAAAUUUGAAGAUCAAGAAAUGGAAAAAUAACUUAAGUAGGUGCCUGCCCCAACUAUAAUGAUCAUGUGUGCUUUAUAUUUGUAGUUUUGUCAAAUAUUUAUUUACUCUAUGACUGUUGGUUUGUUAAAUUGUACAUUUAGUUGUUGACUCUUUAUUUGAUAAAGCUAGUCAGGGGUAUGAUGGUGUAUGUGUUUUCAUGAUGCUUAAAUAAUUUAUUGAACCUUAAACAUUCAAAUCUCAUAUUUUAGCUAACCUGAGCACAACGUGCUCAUGGUGAGCUUUUGUGUCAUGGUGAGCUUUUGUGAUCGCCUUUUGUCCGUUGUGCGUUGUGUGGCAUUUGUGUCAACAUUUGCCUUCUUAACUCUCUAGAGGGCACAUUUAUUGCCCAAUCUUCAUGAAAUUUUGUCAGAAGAUUGGUCUCAAUGUUAUCUUGGAUGAGUUUGAAAAUGGAAACGCUUGCUUGAAAAACAUGGCUGCCAAGGGGCGGGGCAUUUUUCCUUAUAUGGCUAUAUAAGGCUAUAGUAAAAUUGUUAACACUCUAGAGGCCACAUUUAUUGUCUGAUCUUCAUGAAACUUGGUCAGAAGAUUCAUCCAAAUAAUAUAUUGGAUGAGUUCGAAAAUGAUGCUGGUUGGUUGAAAAACAUGGCCGCCAGGGGGCGGAGCAUUUUUCCUUAAAAAGCUAUUGUAAAACCUUGUUAGCACUCUAGAGGCCACAUUUAUUUUCCGAUCUUCAUGAAACUUGCUCAGAAGAUUUGUCUCAAUGAUAUCUUGGAUGAGUUCAAAAAUGGUAACCUUUGCUUGAAAAACAUGGCUGCCUAGGGGCAGGGCAUUUUUCCUUAUAUGGCUAUAUAUGGCUAUAUUAAAAUCUUGUUAACACUCUAGAGGCCACAUUUAUUGUCCAAUCUUCAUGAAUCUUGGUCAGAAGAUUCAUCCCAAUAAUAUCUUGGACGAGUUCAAAAAUGAUGCCGGUUGGUUGAAAAACAUGGCCAUGUCCUUAUAUGGGUAUUGUAAAACCUUGUUAACACUCUAGGCCACAUUUAUUGUCCAAUCUUUAUGAAAUUCGGUCAAAAGAUUUGUCUUAUUGAUAUUUUGGAUGAGUUCGAAAAUGGUUACGUUUGAUUGAAAAACAUGGCUGCCAAGGGCGGCGGGGCAUUUUUAACCAGGUUUUCCGAAGGAAAAAACUGGUUAUUAGAUUGGCGAAUGCGGGCGGGCUGGCUGGCUGGCUGGCUGGCUGGCUGGCUGGCGGGCUGGCGGGCGGGCUGGCGGGCGGGCAGUACAAGCUUGUCCGGACCAUAACUAUGUCGUUCAUUGUCAGAUUUUAAAAUCAUUUGGCACAUUUGUUCACCAUCAUUGGACGGUGUGUCGCGCGAAAUAAUUACGUCGAUAUCUCCAAGGUCAAGGUCACACUUUGAGUUCAAAGGUCAAAAAUGGCCAUAAAUGAGCUUGUCCUGGCCAUAACUAUGUCAUUCAUUGUGAGAUUUUAAAAUCAUUUGGCACAUUUGUUCACCAUCAUGGGACGGUGUGUCGCACGAAAGAAUCACGUCAAUAUCUCCAAUGUCAAGGUCGCCACAACUAAAAAUAGAUUUUUUUUAAAAACAAACUUACAAAGGGGGUUAAUUUUGUUUGUUCAUUUCAAAAGUUCAGUUUGAGUUUUCUCCCUUUAUCAGAUUUUUUUUUCACAAUGAAAACCUGGUUUUGUGACAAUUUUGUCCCUUGUUUACUAUAUAUGGCUAUAGCAAAAUCUUGUUAACAGUCUAGAGGCCACAUUUAUAGUCUGAUCUUCAUGAAACUCAGUCAGAAGAUUCAUCCCAAUAAUAUCUUGGACGAGUUAAAAAAUGAUGCCGGUUGGUUAAAAAAAAUGGCCAUCACAGGGGUGGGGCACUUUUCCUUAUAUGGCGUUAGUAAAACCUUGUUAACACGCUAGAGGUCACAUUUAUUUUCCGAUCAUCAUGAAACUUGGUCAGAAGAUUUGUCCCAAUGAUAUCUUGGAUGAGUUCGAAAAUGGUUUUGGUUGCUUUAAAAACAUGGCCACCAGGGGCCGGGGCAUUUUUCCUUAUGUGGCUUUAUAUGGCUCUAGUGAAGCCUUGUUAACACUCUAGAGGCCACAUUUAUUGUCCAGUCUUCAUGAAAUUUGGUCAGAAGAUUGGUCUCAAUGAUAUCUUGGAUGAGUUUGAAAAUAAUUAUGUUUGCUUGAAAACCAUGGCUUCCAAGGGGCUGGACAUUUUUCCUUAAAGGCUAUAGUAAAAUCUUGUUAAUACUCUAGAGGCCACAUUAACUGUCCGAUCUUCAUGAAACUUGGUCAGAAGAUUCAUCCCAAUAAUAUCUUGGACGAGUUUAAAAAUGAUGCGCUUGGUUGAAAAACAUGGCUGCCAGGGGGCGGGGCAUUUUUCCGUAUAUGGCUUUAGUAAAACCUUGUUAACACUCGAGAGGCAACAUUUAUUUUCUAAUCUUCAUGAAACUUGGUCAGAAGAUUUUUCCCAAUAAUAUCUCAUUAUCUCAGGUGAGCGACUUUGGGUCUUUCGGGCCCUCUUGUUUAAUACUUUGACCAAUAAAUGGAAUCAUUUUAAGUUUAUAUUUAGUGAUUUUUUAUAUGUGACAUUGCUGUGUGUUUUGCAUAGUGACAACAUAGAAUGUAUAGCUUUCAAACAUUGACUUGACACAUGAUGUUAUUACCAACAUUGACUUGACGCUGACGUUAAUUCCAUCAUUGAAUUGACACUGAUGUUAAUUGACUUGAAACUGAUGUUAAUUCCAUUAUUGACUUUACACUGAUGUUAAUUCAAACAUUUACUAGACACUGUUGUUAAUUCCAUCAUUGACUUGACACUGAUGUUAACCCCAUAAUUGAUUUGACACUUAUGUUAAUUCAAAUAUUGAAUUGACACUGAUGUUUAUUCCAUCAUUUACUUGACACUGACGUUAAUUCCAACAUUGACUUGACACUGAUGUUAAUUCCAACAAUGACUUGACACUGAUGGUAAUUCCAACAUUGGCUUGACACUGAUGUUAAUUCCAACAAUGACUUGGCAAUGCUGUUAAUUCCAACAUUGACUUGACACUGUUGUUAAUUCUAACAUUGGCUUGACACUGAUGUUAAUAUCAAUAUUGAUUUGACACUGAAUUUUAUUUCAACAUUGACUUGACACUGAUGUUAUUCCAACAUUGACUUGGCACUGAUAUUAAUUUGAUAAUUGAAUAGACACUAAUGUUAAUUGUAACAUUGACUUGACACUGAGGUUAAUUCAAACAUUGACUAGACACUAAUGUUAAUUCCAACAAUGACUUGACACUGAUAUUAAUUCAAACAUUGACUUGACACUGAUGUUAAUUCAAACAUUGACUUGACACUGAUGUUAAUUCAAAUAUUGACUUGACACUGAUGUUAAUUCCAACAUUGACUUGGCACUGAUAUUUAAUUGAUAAUUGACUAGAUACUAAUGUUAAUUCUAACAUUGACUUGACACUGAUGUUAAUUCAAACAUUGACUUCACACUGAUGAUAAUUCCAACAUUGACAUGACACUGAUGUUAAUUCAAACAUUGACUUGGCACUGAUGUUAAUUCAAACAUUGACCUGACACUGUUGUUAAUUCUAACAUUGACUGGACACUGUUGUUAAUUAAUGCCCAUCUCUGGGAAAAUGAGGCUUUAUGCACCUUUGUAAAGUGUUGUCGAGAUUAGCCUGUGUAGUGUGCGCAGGCUGAUUAGGAACAACACUUUCCACCUAUUGUUUUUCUAAAGAGGAAGUUUUUGUGUACAAUUUAGUCUGUGCAGACUUUAACACAGGCCAAUACACUAUAAGAGUAUUGGUUUGCUUUUACUGUAGUUAUGAUAUGUGCAUAGACUUAACUAAGUAAUAAAGACUGUAUUAUGUGCAUAGACUUAACUAAGUAAUAAAGACUGAAUUAUGUGCAUAGACUUAACUAAGUAAUAAAGACUGUAUUAUGUUCAUAGACUUAACUAAGUAAUAAAGACUGUAUUAUGUGCAUAGACUUAACUAAGUAAUAAAGACUGUAUUAUGUGCAUAGACUUAACUAAGUAAUAAAGACUGUAUUAUGUGCAUCAUGUGUAUUUCACAAUUGGAAUGGAAAUCAUUUUUGGGAUUAUCUCAUACACAACUAUUUGGUUUAUGUUCGGAAUAUAUUUUGGUUAGAAUGUGUCAAUAACUUUAAGUAUAUUGGCACUUUUCAAUUGCUUUUUCAUGAACAGUGAAUUACUGUUAUAACUGUCCAUUUAAAUGAUUUUACAAAAAAAUAAUCUUAUAUUCAACAUCCAGAUUGUAGUAAAAUCUAUUAACAUAAUGCAAUUAUAAAUGCAAUUUUAAAUUUUACUUUAUCAUUUGUUAAAAUGGAAAAUAUAACAGGUAAAAGUGCAUUACUGGGUUGUUAAAAAAUAGUGUUUUUUUGGCGAGAAUGAUGUCAUGCUCCAACUCUUGACAUAGUGUUGUUAAAUGUAUUGUGAGAAACCUUGCAAGGGUGUAAAUUGGGCUUAUUCAAGUAUCCUGUCAGUGUUUUUAAGCUAAACAAACUAUCUUGAUCAUUUAACCAUCAACAUGUCUUUCUUUUGUUUUCAUUAGUUCUUUAAUCCCUUGUAUUGUAUUGUAUUGUUGCAGGUCUUAGUGUGACUAAGUUAAAGAAAAGUAGUUUAACUUUAAAGUUUAGUUUUCCAGUCUAAUUCAAAUGUAAACAUUGUCAUUUAUGCAAUCUAUUUUCUUUCGUAUUAAGGCUGAUGUUAACAUUUAUUUAUAUUCUUCAAUGAUAACAAUUACCGGUAAUCUUAUUUUGUGAAGUUACAUUAUUUUCUUUUGCAUUUAAAAUAUAAAUCUGUCUAGUUAAAUUAAUAAAGAUCAAAUUUAAAAUGAACCGGUUAUAAUAAACAGGUAUUUUUAUUCAAACUUCAAUUUAUUUGGAGACAUUACAGUGCUCUUCUUUGUUAGGCCAUUUUGUUGUUGUUAAAGCUCACCUGAGCACAUUGUGCUCAUGGUGAGCUUUUGUGAUCACCUUUCUUCCGCCAUCCCUAGUGCGUUUUGUGUCAUGCAGCCUUUUGUCUUGGAAGAGAUUGAAAAUGGUUGUGUUAGGUUGAAAAACAUUUGCAAGGGGGCAGGGCAUUUUUCCUUAUAUGGCUUUCGUUAAACCUUGUUAACACUCUAGAGACCAGAUUGAUUGUCCAACCAUCAUGAAACUUAGUCAGAAUAUUUGUCCCAUUGAUAUCUUGGAUAAGUUGGAAAAUGGUUCUGUUAGCUUGAAAAACAUGGCCAACAGGGUGCGGGGCAUUUUUUCUUAUAAGGCUAUAGUAAAACCUUGUUAUCACUCUAGAGACCACAUUUAUUGUACAAUCUUCCUGAUACUUGGUCAGAACAUUCAUUCUAUUGAUAUCUUGGAUGAUUUCGAAAAUGGGUCCAGUUGGUUAUAUAACAUGACCAGCAAGGGGCAGGGAAUUUUUUUUCUACUAUGGCUUUUUAGCUCACCUGAUUGCUCAGGUGAGCUUUUGUGACCGGUCUUUGUCCGUCGUAUGUCCUUUCGUCCGUCCGUCCAUCCGUAAACAUUUGCUCGUAAACACACUACAUGCCACAUUUCUUGUCCCAUCUUCAUGAAACUUGGUCAGAAGCUUUGUCCCAAUGAAAUCUUGGCCGAGUUUGAAACUGGGUUGUGCCGGGUCAAAAACAAGGUCACUAGGUAAAAAAAAAGAAAAACCUUGUAAACACUGUAAAAGUCACAUUUCAUGCCCAAUCUUCAUGUAACUUUGUCAAAAUGCUAGUUUUAAUGAUAUCUUGGUUGAGUUCAAAAGUGGUUCCGAUCCGUUGAAAAACAUGGCUGCCAGUGGGUGGGGCAGUUUUUUUUUAUUUGGCUAUAGAGAAACCUUGUAAACACUCUAGAAGACACAAUUUUUGCCCAAUCAUCAUGAAAGUUGGUCAAAACAUUGGUUCAAUUGAUGUCUCGGACGAGUUCGAAAAUGGUCGAGAUCGGUGAAAAAACAUUGCCACCAGUGGGCAGGGCAUUUUUCUCUAUAUGUAUAUAGUGGCAGUUUUCCCUAUUUAGCUAUAGAGAAACCUUGUAAACACUCUAAAGGUCACAAUUUUUGCCCAAUCAUCAUGAAAGUUGGUCAAAACAUUGCUUUACUGAUAUCUCCGACGAGUUUGAAAAUAGUCGGGAUAGGUGAAAAAACAUGGCCGCCAGUGGGCGGGGCAUUUUUCUCUAUAUGUAUUUAGUGAAAACAUGUGAACACAGUAAGUCACAUUUUUGGCCCAAUUUUCAUGAAAUUUGCUCAGAACAUUUGUUUCCUUGAUACCAGAGUUGAGUUCAAAAAUGGUUCUGGUCAGUUUAAUAACACGGCUGCUAUGGAGGGGGGCAGUUUUCUCAUUAUGCCCCCCCCCCUUUCGAAGAAGAGGGGUUAUAUUGUUUUGCUCAUGUCGGUCUGUACGUCCACCAGACGGUUUCCGGAUGAUAACUCAAGAGCGCUUUUGCCAUGGAUCAUGAAACUUCAUAGGUACAUUGAUCGUGACCCGCAAAUGACCCCUAUUGAUUUUCAGGUCACUAGGUCAAAGGUCAAGGUCACGAUGACCCGAAAUAGUAAAAUGGUUUCCGGAUGAUAACUCAAGGACACUUAUGCCUAGGAUCAUGAAACUUCAUAGAUACAUUGAUCAUGACUCGAAGAUGACCCCUAUUGAUUUUCAGGUCACCAGGCCAAAGGUCAAGGUCACAGUGCCACAAAAACGUAUUCAUACAUUGGCUGUCAAGGUCACGGUGACUCAACUUAGAAAAAUGGUUUCCGGAUGAUAACUCAAGAAUGCUUUUGCCCAGGAUCAUGAAACUUCAUAGGUACAUUGAUCAUGACUCGUAGAUGAAAUAAUGAUGAAACUUGACAGGAUGUUUGUUUGGACAAUAUCUAGGUCAAGUUUGACAUUUGGUAAAAAUUGAAUGAACCUACUCCUCUCAGGUGAGCGAACUAGGGCCAUCUUGGCCCUCUUGUUUAAAACCUUGUUAACACUCUAAAAUUAGAAUUAAAAAGUCAGAUCUUCAUGAAACUUGCUCAGAACAUUUGUUCUAUUGAUAUCUUGGAUGAGUUCGAAAAUGGUUCUGGUAUGUUGAAAAACAAGGCCACCAGGCGGCAGGGCAUUUUUCCAUAUAUGGCUAUAGUGAAACCUUGUUAACACUCUUCAGGUCACAUUUAUUGUCCAAUCUUCAUGAUACUUCGUCAGAAUAUUUUGUCCUUAAAAUAUCUUGGACGAGUUUGAAAAUUGUUUCCGUUGGUUGAAGAACAUGGCCACCAGGGGGGUGGGGCAUUUUUCCUCAUAUGGCUUUUGUAAAAACUUGUUAACACUCUAAAAGUCACAUUUAUUGUCCAAUUUUCAUGAAACUUGGUCAGAAUGUUUGUUUAAAUGAUAGCUUGAACAAGUUUGAAAAUUGUACCAGUCUGUUGAAAAACUUUUCCGCCAGGGGGCGAGGAAUUUAUCCUUAUAUGACUAUAGUAAAACCUUGUUUGCACUCUGUAAGUUACUUCUUUUAUUGUUCCCUCUCCAUGAAACUUUGUCAGAACAUUUGUUCUUAUUAUAUCUUAGGCUGUACAGAACAGGUCAGUUCAUUUGUAUCUCAGGUGAGAGACUUUGUGACUCUCAUGCCCUCUUGUUUUGUCAACUGGCAACUUCAGUUUGUUAAGCAUAGCUACCUGUUCCCCAAAACGCACAAUGUGUUUAAAAUUAAGUUUAUUUUUUUACUGGCUAAUAAUAUAGAAUGGAAUAAUUGUCAAACUUAAAUUGUAGUUAUGCACAAAUGUCAUCUUAACCAUAUUUGUAAGUACUAUUUAGUCAACAAACUAUGCUAUUGAUUAUUAGUGCAUACAACCACAACACAAAUCUAAUCAACAGUUUACUAACAGAAAAAUCAUAAAAAAAAUUUUUUGGCAGAAUCUUAUACAUGUAUUCAUUGCACAUUUUACAUAAAAAUAUUUUACAGUUUUGGCAUAUUGUUAUAGCAGGGGCAUUUUCUUAAAUAAAUAUUCACGAGUUUAAAUAAACAGUUGUUAAAAAACACAAAUCUAUCCAAUUGUGCUUUUUUGUUUAAUAUUGUUUUGCAUUUUCUUAUUUGACAGGAUUUACAUCUGAGUAACUUUCUUCUUAGCUGUGCAGCACUUGUAUGUUGACUGUCUGCAUGAAGUUUAUAAUAUAUUUGCUUUACGAAACGCAUGGAGCACAAUCAGUCUUGUUGUUCUCACUUUGAAGAAAGAUGCUUUUGGGACACUUUUGGUAUUAAUUGACAUAAAUGCUUAUUUAUUCGAGACUUAAAUAUGCAUGGCUGAUUUAAUAUUACCACGGUCACUAGCCCAGACAGGGAAAAAAAUAAGUAAAAUGUUUUUAUGAAACAAAGGGUAACAGCAAAUGUACAAAAAACAGUUAAAUAAAACCAGCAAGGAUAUUGCUCGUCCAUUUCUCUUCAUGUUUGUUCAUUUCUCUUCAAUUUGCAGAAUUUGCCAUAUUUUUUUUCAAUUUGCCAGAAACGCGAACAGUAAAUUUGUUAUGUUAUUAAAAAUAAAAAUCAAUGAUCAGAGUGAUUACCGGUAAAUGCCCUUUCCUAAAAGGUUUAAUCUUGUAAAAAAAUGUAAAUUUUUGGUGAUAGAUCACAAAACCUAAAAGUAUGCAGAGAGUUGAGAAAAUUGUAGAACAGAAUGGCAUUACUUUUGAUUUUGUAGUUAUAAUAUUCAGCUGCAUCUGCUGAUCUCUUUCCAUAUACAAGUAUAUACUUCAAGAAAAUUCCCUUUAACAUUAAAAGCAUUACAUUUUAUUAAAUGUUUUGCUCAAACAGUUGACUGAGAGAAAUUAUUCAGAUUUUAUAUAAUGUGAAACAUUUUACAGAUUAUCUUUGGUGGGAAUUUAGUUUUUGAUUGACACAGUAUGGUUCAAUUUUUUUUUCUAAAACAAGACUUAUUGUUUAUCUGGUUCAAUUUUUCUGGUGAGAUGUAUAUAUUUAUUUUGUUUAUCAUAUCACUUUGUCAUAACCCAGUAUUCCAUAGUAUUUUGUAGCCUUGUGUCACUCACACGGUACACUUCCUGAAAAACACAUGGUUACCUCCCUUGAGUUGCAUUUUCUCAUAAUACUGAUCUUAAGAUAAUGUGGUUUGACCCUCAAGCUAUAGUCUUUCAUUGAUUUCUAUAUAAACAACUAAAAUAAUUACAGUUUGAUCCGAUCACGGACUCUAGAUCAAUAUACACUCCGUGAUCCGAUGUAACCAUUUUACAUAUGAGCUUCUUUCUACAAACAACAUUAACAUUUCAUGCAGUAAUACACGCUUUCUGGUUAAUAAGUUGUCUAACCCUUGAAAUAUUGACCAAAUAAAUUUUGCUUCCAGUUAUUCAGCAUACUAUAUAUGACUUAGACUUCAUUGGUAUUUAACACAUUUCUCUCAUACUGUCACUAAUCAUAAUGUUGUGUCUGAAAGAAGAUUGUAUUAUUGUUGCAGAUUAUAAGUUUUGUUGAUAAUUCAUUUAUAAACAUUACAUCAUUUAAAAAUUGUCAAUUUUCAACAUAUUUAUCAUGUCAUUUUUAUCAUAUCAAUAUAACAUUUAUGUUUUUUUGCAUUUAAAGACUAUGUAAGUGGCUGGUAUAAAUUUCUGGCCAGAUUUUCAUAAAGAUGUUAAUCAGUGAAAAUCAGGCAUCCAUAUUUCUUUUAAGAAUUGUGUACGGUGUACAUUUUUGAUAUAUCAUUUUUGCAAAUUUCAUAAACCUGUGUUGAACUAUUAUUACAGCAUCUGUUUGUUGAAUUAUUGAAAAGUUCCCAAUCAUUUGAAGUUAAAUGAUGAUAACAUCUUAUUUGUCUAGCCAUCGAAUCGGGCAUACACACAGCUUGAUUGUAUCAGUAAAUCUUGUAAUUGCUUUGAAUUCUUACAAUAAUAUGGUGAAAGGACAUUGUUGUAAAAAUGUGUUUCUUGGAUAUUGUAACCUGUUUUAAAUUAAUUUUUAAAAUUCAACAACAGCAUGUAUUAAUCGAUAUAUCGUGAUGUAUCAUUUCAUAGAAAUUAUAUACGUAUUAUUUUUGUGUGGUCUGUUUUAUGUGUUUAAUAUGUCAGAUAAAUUAAAAGUAAUCUUAAUUAAUAAAAGUUAAUUUGUUACUUACAGUUUGAUUUCUGAUUCGUAUGUGUAUGAUACAUAUUGAAGCUAAUAUAUCUUUCCAAAGUACUGAUUAUGAAUGUUGCUAAACUACAAAAGUGAUGUCUUUUAUUGGGUACACUUUUUCACUCUUGACUUUUUACUCAUAUGUAGAUGCUGCUUCCAAGUUUAACAAAAGAAAAUAUAGCUUAUUUUUAUCAACUUUUAUUGUUUAGGAAUUGUUUUGAUGGUACACAAAUGAACAUAAUUUUUAUGUAUUUGUUAAAUAAUAUCACUAUAUAUAUAUAUUAUGUUAUCAUACAUUUAAAUAUUUCGAAACAUGCAUUUUGAUUUCAAAUUUCUGUGAAAACAGCAAAACUGCAGGGGUGUUAAAUGAUGCCAUUUACCGGUAGGUUACAUAACAAGCAAUAUAAAAGUGGUAUCCCACUCCUUGAAUGCUGCAAUUUUCAAGUAAACUGCUCGUGCUUUUGAAAUCACAGCAGUUGAUAACGUUAACUGCAACCUAAUAUUUAUCUCACCAUUUUUAUGUAUAAAACAUUAUGAAGUUACAAUAUCACCAAUAUGUUGUUCAUAUGUUAGAUGCCAUAAAUGUGUACCUUUCAAGCAAUUUAUUAUGGUCAAUAUAGCAUUUACUUUAAAUUUUAACAACAUCAUCAAGAAAAGUCUGACAAUUAAUAUAUCUUUAUAACAAAAUGCAAUUUUGGAGACUGAUUCAUUAGAAUCAUAAUGCAUUAUUGUAUUAAAUGGAUUAACAACUUUGAAUAAUUUAUCAUGUCAUAAAGACAUGUCAUUUUAUUAGCCGGAUUUUUUUCGAAAAAAUCUCGGCUUAUAGAUUGAUGUUGUCGGGCGGGCGGGGGGGCGGGCGGGGUGGCGGCGUGCUCGAAAAUGUUAAAGUUCUUAUUUCAUGGUAUAACUUUGGUAUGCUUGGACCUAGAGUCUUCAAACUUGACAUGAAGGUUGGCCAGGAUUAACAGAUGACCACUGGUCAUUUCAAGGUCAUUCAUUUGAAGGUCAAGGUCACUGUGACCUUCAAUAUAAAAAAUGUUAAAGUUCUUAUAACUUUGGUAUGCUUGGACCUAGAGUCUUGAAACUUGACAUGAAGGUUGGCCAUAACUAGUUAGUAACCACUGGUCAUUUCAAGGUCAUUCAUUUGAAGGUCAAGGUCACUGUGACCUUGAAUGUAAAAAUGUUAAAGUUCUUAUUUCAUGGUAUAACUUUGGUAUGCUUGGACCUAGAGUCUUCAAACUUGACAUGAAGGUUGGCCAGGAUUAACAGAUGACCACUGGUCAUUUCAAGGUCAUUCAUUUGAAGGUGAAGGUCACUGUGACCUUCAAUAUAAAAAUGUUAAAGUUGUUAUAACUUUGGUAUGCUUGGACCUAGAGUCUUGAAACUUGACAUGAAGGUUGGCCAGAACUAGUAAGUAACCACUGGACAUUUCAAGGUCAUUCAUUUGAAGGUCAAGGUCACUGUGACCUUGAAUGUAAAAAUGUUAAAGUUGUUAUAACUUUGGUAUGCUUGGACCUAGAGUCUUGAAACUUGACAUGAAGGUUGGCCAGAACUAGUAAGUAACCACUGGACAUUUCAAGGUCAUUCAUUUGAAGGUCAAGGUCACUGUGACCUUGAAUGUAAAAAUGUUAAAGUUCUUAUUUCAUGUUAUAACUUUGGUAUGCUUGUACCUAGAGUCUUCAAACUUGAAAUAAAGAUUGGCCAGUACUAGAAGAUGACCACUGGUCAUUUCAAUGUCAUUCAUUUGAAGGUCAAGGUCACUGUGACCUUAAAUGUUAAAAUGUUAAAAUUGUUAUAACUUUGGUAUGCUUGGACAUAGAGUCUUCAAACUUGACAUGAAGGUUUGCAAGCACACUUAGAUGACCACUGGUCAUUUCAAGGUCAUUCAUUCUCAUGUAUAUGCAUGCAUUCAAAACAUAACACAAGGUUUGCUCAUGCCUUGAAAAGUACUUACAUUUCAUUUUGACCUUUGAACAAUAUUUCAGUAAUUUAAGUAUUGCAUUGACAAAAACACGAAAGGUACUUUCCUGUCAUUUAAAUCAAAAAUCCGGCUUCAAUGCGGUCAUCUCCGACCGCGGAACUCUUGUUUAUAUAUUUUGUCGUUUUUAAUACUGGGACAAUAUUUGUAUUGUUUUUAACUCUACUUUAUGUGCGGACUAGAGUGCUUCUCUAUGUUACUGUUCGUUCUUUAGGUAUAAUAACUUACAGGUGUUCAAUGUGUUUGUAUGUUUAAUGCAUUUUUUCUGGUGUCUAGUUUCACCAUAAAUGUUGAAAUAAAUUAAUUUUUAACCUA